GAAAUCCUGCCAGUCAAAGAACAACAGUACCCCGGCCAUUGCUCUUAUUAUCAUUUCACCUCCCAUCACACCGAGCCGUACCGGAUACUCUUUCUUCUCUUCCAACAGAGAUAUUAUCGGCUUCUUGAUAGAAGUGCGGUUCAUUAUUUGACUGUUUACACCGGCUCUACCUAACAGCAACCUUGCCAUCGCUGGCCCAACGGCGCCAAAUCAAAGACCAAGAUGGCUGUCUUUUCUCUUUUCAAGAAGUCUAGGCAACAGGCCAAGGAGCACAAGCAAAAGCAGGCAGAGAAGGCCGCCGAGGCACCAAAACAGCCGUACAAACACAUUCCAACCCAUGCCGCCAUCGACGCGCUUGCCGGAGCACCAUCAGCCUUCAAACAUGAGGACCGACCCAGGAUUAUGGAGCAAAACCGGCGGCGAAGUGCGAUGGCCGCCAGCGGCUUGAGCAGAAUGCCCGGCCCAAGUCUACCUCGCGUCUCAAGCAGUCUCUCACACGUCACUUAUCCUUCCGCCCACGCCAGCCCAAUGAGCAACAUGCCGAGGGCAUACAGCUACAGCGGCGGUCCACCCCCGAUGACCUAUUGGCAGGAUCGCAACACUAAUUCCGUAUAUGGUGUCCCUGACGGCAGCCGCAUCUCACUCAAAGGCUCACUCAAGGGCAAGGACGUGGAUAGGUCGUAUGCCUCGGGACGUAACAGCCCGUCAUCUGUCAAAGCUGAAUCUCCCACGGGUAGCUCAAGUCGUUCAACCAGCUCACAGGAGGACUUGGAGAUGGAGCCCGCUCGUCAUGUUUCUAUGCCACCUGCUGCCUCACAAGCACCCCGAAACCCAGUUGCUGCUGUUCACACACACAGGCUCCACCCGAGUUCUCGUCGGGCAUCGGAUGCAUCGGAGCGUGCCGAUGGCUCCCCGAAAGCUGAGCAGUCUUCGCCUUCCACAGAGCGAAGCAAGCCGCCGCCGUCGAUGCGCGGAUUCAACGCCAUCCCGGCAAUGACGUCUCUUCCACCGAUGCAGUUUGGCAACUCUCCAACAACCCAGCAAAACGUGGUUGCCUCGUCAGCCGCCUCGACUGCGAGCGUCCGCUCUUCAUCGGGAUUCUCUUCAUUCAACUUCAAUAUCAACACUGGCGCGCCUUUCUCCGCACCCAUGUCUGGAAGAUCGUCGGCCCCCACCACACCCGCAGCUUGUGUAACGCCCGAGCCAGUAUACGAGUCUGUUGAAGAAGAGGAAGAGGGCGGCUCCUACACGUACGCCCCGCAACCCGUUGCCGCUGCGCCGUCUGCCAUGAAGUCGAAGGACCGUCGCAGCACCUCAAAGUCCAAGGUCACUCGUUUUACCGAACUGGAGAUCGUCGACUCCAACACGGAGAAGGCAGCCAACGUCGCCAGCAUCCCCUACGAACACACUCGCCGCGACACCACGCCGCCUCAGGUCAUCGACAAGGCAGUCGCUGUCGAAAUGGUCAGCGCCGCGCCCUCUGAAGUCGUUUCUAGCAACAAGCCCGGAAAGCGCCUUUCGAAGCAAGCCGGCUCUAAGCUGACUAAGAAGAGCCGUUGGUCGACAAAGAGCUCAUCCGCCGUUGCAGUUUAAACGGUACUAAGACGUCACCGUCUACAUCACACACACUCACACACAAUUUUUCCUACGUCAACAUUUGCUCAUGGUUUCGGGUGCCAAACUAUAGCCUCUUUUACAACAACCGGCGCGGGCGUUUGAGAGUAAUGUCUUAUUACAAUGACGCCAUUAGACUCGGAGUCCCUUGGCUUUUCACUAUGCAACACUUUGGGAUCGAAAAAAUCGUCAGGGGGGGCAUCUCUCAGAGUUGCUGCCGCUGGACUUCAGCAACACUGGAUACUUACUUACAGGGACUUGAAUAUCUUCAGGGUCGGAUCCGGGAUGGAUCCCAUUAUUUUCUUGCUUAUUUG